UACGUGUGCACAGAGUACAGUUUCACGCGCAACAGCGCAGCUUUGAUCCAUUCAACCUGCAUACAGUUAAGUUUGACCGUUUUACAGCUCCAUGGUUUGACCCAAUUGAAACCAUUUAUUGCACAGCAAAUAGUUACAAAAAAAAUCCACCAACGUGUGUCGAGCAAGAAAGAACCACAUGUAUCUGUAACUUGAUGAAACAAUCAACUUUUUUUUGGCACAUACACAUACCAUACAUCGCGGUUGGGAUGUUUUCAGUGGAGCUGUCUGAUCUGCUGGGCCGUAUGCACGCCGUCCAUUCGCCCACCACUUGUAGUCCGACGACUUGGUCCCACACCCACUUCUUCUACGGUCACUGACUUUGUAUACUACAGUUUGGACACACUUCGUGCAGAGCAUGAAUUGCAGUAACAAUCACCAUUUUUGUAGAUCGUGUUUUAAACAGCCAGAUAAUAGCACAUUUUGCACAGUUCUAGUGUGUGAAAGAAGGAGUUAAACAUGGAUCCAAAUUCUGUGAUGAUCAUCAUCGGUGCUUGUUUAGCCAUCGGUGGUAAUUUACUCAUCAGUAUUUCCAUGAACGUACAGAAAUAUGCCUUGACGAGACUAGAAAACCAAGGCUUCCAUGCAGAGACCAGCCACGCCUACCUAACCAGCAAGUUAUGGUGGCUCGGUAUCUUCAUGAUGGUGGUUGGUGAAAUCGGCAACUUUAUGGCGUACGGUUUCGGCCCGGCGUCGGUGGUUGCCCCGUUAGGCACAACCACUGUUGUUGCAAAUGUUUACAUCGCAAUUGUCUUCUUGGGUGAAAAACUACGAUCUCGAGAUAUAUUAGGAACUUAUUUAAUUAUCGUUGGUGCUUUCCUCAUCGUUGUCUUUUCAUCCCAGAACAAUACUAGAUUAUCAGCACCUCAGAUACAUGAUCAUCUCCUAAACCCGGUGUUUCUUGUAUACUUGGCGACGGAGGUCAUAAUUUUUAUAGCAGUUAAUAUUGUAGUACACCGCUACGGUUCCCUUCAUGUUAUUUUAUUCAUUCUACCAGCUGCCAUUCUAGCUUCUUUGACCGUGAUUGGUUCCAAGGCAGUAUCUGGUAUGAUCACUCUGACUGCCUCAGGUCAGAGCCAGGUUGAAUAUCCAGUCUUUUACAUUAUGAUCAUCGUUAUUGUUAUAACGGGCGUGGCACAAAUAAGAUAUGUAACGAGGGCUAUGCAAGCAUUCCAGGCCACUGUAGUGGUACCAACCUUCUUUGUCUUCUUUACAGUCAGUGCAAUAUUAGCAGGUAUAUUUUUCUACGGUGAAUUCAACGGCUUAACUUUUGUACAAAUAGUGAUGUUCCUUUUUGGGUGCUUUUGCUCAUUUCUUGGAGUGUUCUUCAUCACCCAGAACAGAGGCGGAAAUGGGGCUCCACCAUUAGACUCUCAGUAUCAAACAGGACCCCCGCAGAAGCUAUUGCCCGUUUGUCAGUUUCCGUGCACCAGUUAUUUAGUUCAACCACCGAGCUCCGAAGAUGAGACAGAUUCAUAUGACGGCAAACCAAAAGAAAUGGAAACCAUCGAGGAGGAAGCAGAUAAGAAUGAUGAAGGAGAGCUGAUUGGGAACGGCACGGCUAAGACACUCUUCAACCCUCAACUACAGAUGACUGGUCUGCAUUCCAGGGGUAAACAGUUGCUCAAACCAACAGAUUUCACCAACGGGGAUGAACCGGCGGAGGCUUCAACCUCUGCCGAAAUUCACAAUACGUGAUCGGUAAUAAUAAAUCGGUAAUAAUAAAUCGGUAAUAACAAUUGGUAGAAAAGGAAACUGGCGAAAGGAGGCAGUGAACAGUCGCUCAAACCAACAGAUUUCACCAAUGGGAAUGAACCGGCGGAGGCUUCAACCUCUGCCGAAAUUCACAAUACGUGAUCGGUAAUGACAAAUCGGUAAUAACAAUUGGUAGAAAAAGAAAAUGGCGAAAGGAGGCAAUGAACAGUCGCUCAAACCAACAGAUUUCACCAAUGGGAAUGAACCGGCGGAGGCUUCAACCUCUGCCGAAAUUCACAAUACGUGAUCGGUAAUGACAAAUCGGUAAUAACAAUUGGUAGAAAAAGAAAAUGGCGAAAGGAGGCAAUGAACAGUCGCUCAAACCAACAGAUUUUGACACCAACGGGAUUGAACCGGCGGAGGCUUCAACCUCUAGAGAUGAUCACAAUAUGUUAUUGUUAAUAUGUUACUGAAAAAGAAAAAUGGCGAAAUGAGACAAUACAGUAAACAGUUGCUCAUAAAACCCACAGAUUUCUCAAACGGUAAUUAUCAGGCGGAGGCUUCAACCUCUGCAGAAAUUCAAAACAUAUACAUGAUCGGUGAUACUUAAAAAGGAAAAAGGUGAAAUGAGGCAGUGAACAGUUGCUCAAACCCACAGACUCCAGUGGGAGCUGUAAACCUGUAUUGUUGUGGCCAUCUUGUAAAUCUUUCAUGCAACUCAGUGGAACCAAAGCAAGGCAGGAAGGAAAUUAACUGGUCCCUGUGUAUUGAACCAGAGUUAACUGAACUACCAGGGACAGCAGACAAAAACGUUUUUAUUUCCCAGACGGUGGAUCGACCUCAUACUGUCUGGUAUAUACAUGUAUUGUGUAUUAACUUUUAUGUUAUUUAACCUUAAAUUUUCUCAGGGUGCUUGGUAUGGUAAUAGGAAUGUAUACUUAUAUGCAAAUAGAUAAUUUAUUCGUACCUAAUAUUUGUAACAUGCAUAUAUUCAUGUUUGCUUAAAUCACAAAGGUACUUGUUAAGAAUGAUGCAUAUUCUGUGUAUGCAAAUCAAGGUGUAGUUCACCCUGGGUUUGAGAACAGGGUCCAAUUUCAACAAGCUAAGCUAAAGCACAAAAAGUAGAAACAGGUUAGCAGCCAAACUACUAUGUGAUGUACAUUGUUUGUGACUGAUUCCCUGCAAAAGUUUGCUUAAAGGUAGUGGUUACUAUUGGUUAUUACUCAAAAUACGUAUAAGCAUAAAAACUAAGUUUGGU